GCUGGCUGAAGUACUUGUGCAAAUUGCUCACCUGCAGGAAACAUGAGGUCACAGUACAUCACAGCACCCACAGUCACUGUCCUUCUGUUCCUCCUGUGGAUCCAGUGGUCAGCAGGCUGCAAUAAGGCUCUCUGUGCUAGCGACGUCAGUAAAUGCCUGAUACAGGAGCUGUGUCAGUGCCGCCCUGGGGAAGGGAACUGUUCCUGCUGUAAGGAGUGCAUGCUAUGCCUGGGCACACUUUGGGAUGAGUGCUGUGACUGUGUUGGUAUGUGCAAUCCUCGCAAUUACAGUGACACACCUCCAACAUCCAAGAGCACUGUCGAGGAGUUGCAUGAACCAAUUCCUUCCCUUUUCCGGGCACUGACAGAAGGAGAUACUCAGCUGAACUGGAAUAUUGUUUCCUUCCCUGUGGCAGAAGAACUGUCGCACCAUGAGAACCUCGUUUCCUUUUUAGAAACAGUGAACCAGCCACAGCAUCAGAAUGUCUCUGUUCCAAACAACAAUGUCCACACACCUUACUCUAGUGACAAAGAGCACAUGUGUACUGUGGUGUAUUUUGAUGACUGCAUGUCAAUACAUCAGUGCAAGAUCUCUUGUGAGUCCAUGGGAGCUUCCAAAUACCGAUGGUUUCACAACGCCUGCUGCGAGUGUAUCGGGCCAGAAUGCAUCGACUAUGGCAGCAAAACUGUAAAGUGUAUGAACUGCAUGUUUUGAAGCAGGAAAUCUGUCACACAGCAAUACUGAGGCCAAAGUAAUCUCUCUCAGUUACAGAGAGGGGGAUUGCAGAUACUGUGUCGUGGUGGAGUGCCUGCUGGUUGCAAUGAAAUGUACCUGGUUGGGAAAAAAAAAAGAGAUGUAUAAAAUCUGAAAACUUUGGGGGUUUGGUUUUUUUUAUUCAUGUAAGCAAGGCUAACUAGUAGAUGUUUAAACAUUAUGUUUUAAGCUUAUUUUUCUUUAUUUCUGCUCGAAUGGUACAGUCAUGCUCAUUGUUGUUGUUCUGAUUG